AUGGGGGCCACAACAUCCCGGCCUUCAUGCUCCUGCUGCAGCUGUUUCCCUGACUGUGGUUCCAGACGUUUCCUUAGGAUGUUUCUUAGGGUGGUGUACUUCUUUCAGUUGAAGAUUGAAUCUGUGGAAAGAGACCGGACACACCUGGAAGGUGAACCAAACACUAAAGUUGUGAAGGGCACCGUGACGAGUUGCGGGAAUGAUUAUGGCUGGAUCGAAGACUGUGUCUUCUUCAGGACAGAUGCUGUAAUUGGUGCUAUACCACUGCAUCCUGGAGACAAAGUCCUUGCAUUUGUGGAGGAAGACCCAAUCUCCCAUGAAUUGAAAGCAACAGAAAUUUGUGUUUCUUCAGAACAACAGGAUGUGCCUAAGGAAGCUGACUCCAAGAUCAAAGAUUUAAGCGUUUGUGUUUCCCAUGUGAAGAAAAAUAUCAUCUACAUUGCUGAUGAAUACUACUUCUAUUUAGACAGCAUCUCUAAAGCCAUCUUAGGUUUUAUGCCUUAUGAAGGGGACUGGUUGGAUAUUGAAUACUCUGUGGAGCAAGGGUCUUCAAAAAUCGCGGUACACUCAGUGAAAGCCACAAAACGUCGGCGACUGGAGGAGGUGUGCGUGACCAGUAUCCACAGGAGAGAAGGAAUGUUGAACCACACCAUCUUUUUUACCCUGGAUUCCCUGCGCCUUCCCUUGGGAUACACCCCUGUUGUAGGCCACAUGGUCAGCGUGGUGAUAGUUCAGAGCAUCAAGCCCAAUUACAACUGGAGAGCCAUCUCCAUGACCCCAGUUGUGCGACCAGUAGAGGGCGCAGGCCCUGGGAAUCCCUCCUCAUUGUUAUUUUUAUACCAAUAG